UCUAUUUCCUCCUCGCUUGCCACUAGUUUACCUUCACUUGUUCAGCCUUCACUCUGAGAGGAGGAGGAGGGUGGUAUAUGAUUGGCCAGGCGGGGGGACUGGUAGUCCGGAGGCUGCUCCAGCGUUCAUCCCCGUGUUCUUGUUUACACCUUGCGGACGCGGGCGAGAGAAGACACCCAGGGGCCCCCCCCAGAGCAGACUCCGGAGUCCGGUCUGCAGCGGACGCGGCUAUCCUGACAGCAUCUCCAGCCUGUGCUACUGAUUUUUAUUUCCAGUUAUUGUUACGGACACAGACCAAGUUUCCAUUUUGCUGGGAAAUCGGGCUCUCGUCUAAUUUCUUCAGGGCAGAAAUGCGUCCAACUUUUUGGUGACUUUGUGGCGCCUCUGCGCGUCCGGCUGCCGGUCUGUCAGUCAGCGGGGCUCAAGUGCGGCUGGAAAUGAAACCAACCAGGAAUAGCGCCGACAGAUUGUUCCUCCAUAUUCACAGGGUGUGAUACACAUCCACGGACCUCCUCAAAGUUUGACCACGGACGGAAGCUACACCCAAACCAGUCUUCUCCGUGACGCCCGCUCGCUGCUCGGUGAUGGAUGUGUUUUGAGCGUCGCAGUCACUUUGCGUCAACAGUGAAGAAGAGGAGGAAGAAGAGUGAAGUGUUUGCCAAGACACCUUCCGUCGCCACUGGACUCUUUGGUCGCGUUUCUCUCGUUCCUGAGAGAUAUUUCAGGGCUGAGGACUUUGUUGGACAGGCGCCAACACGCCGUGUGGACAGCAAGGGACGUGUCGCGACGGCGUAGCCGGAAAAGAUGCGCUCUGUUCGGAUGCAGCGUGACCAAGGUGUCGCUCCCCUGGUUCUUCUCCUCCUGGUCGGGGGAUGUGUCGUGUCCGGCACCGAGAGCAGCGACUACAGCGAGGCCGAGGUUCUCCCCGACUCUUUCCCGUCAGCGCCGGCAGAACCUCUCCCAGAAUUCCUGCUGGAACCGGAGGACGCUUUCAUCGUAAAGAACCGCCCGGUCCAGCUGCGGUGCCGGGCGUCCCCCGCCACCCAGAUCUACUUCAAGUGUAACGGGGAAUGGGUCAAUCAGAACGAUCAUGUCACCAGAGAGAGCCUGGACCAGAUCACAGGUCUGGUGGUGCGGGAGGUGGACAUCUCAGUAUCCAGGACUCAGGUGGAGGAGCUGUUUGGUUUGGAGGACUACUGGUGCCAGUGUGUGGCCUGGAGCUCGGCUGGCACCACCAAGAGCAACCGUGCCUACGUCCGCAUUGCAUACCUGAGGAAGAACUUUGAGCAGGAGCCGCUGGGGCGGGAGGUGCGACUGGAGCAGGAGGUGCUCCUGCAGUGUCGCCCCCCGGAGGGCAUGCCGGCUGCAGAGGUGGACUGGCUGAAGAAUGAGGACGUCAUCGAUCCAUCGCAGGACUCCAACUUCCUGAUCACCAUCGAUCACGACCUGAUCAUCAAACAGGCCAGACUCUCGGACACGGCGAACUACACCUGCGUGGCUCGCAACGUGGUGGCCAAAAGACGCAGCAGCACGGCCACUCUCAUCGUUUAUGUGAGUGGAGGAUGGUCUUCUUGGACCGAAUGGUCGGAGUGUAACGCUCGGUGCGGGCGGGGCUGGCAGCGACGAACCCGCAGCUGCACCAAUCCCGCGCCUCUGAAUGGAGGAGCCUUCUGCGAGGGCCCGCCCUUCCAGAGAGUGACCUGCACCACACUGUGCCCAGUGGACGGCGGCUGGACGGAGUGGGCAAAGUGGUCUGCCUGUGGGACAGAGUGCACCCACUGGCGCAGUCGCGAGUGCCAAGCCCCGCCACCCAGGAAUGGAGGGAAGCACUGCAGCGGCAGCAUGAUGGAGAGCAAAAACUGCACCGAGGGGCUGUGUGCACGCAAUAAAAAGAUUUCUAUUGAACAUGCAAGCCAUCCGCUGGCCCCAGGUAUGGGUGUAGCGGUCUACGCCGGUCUGGUGGGGGCCCUGCUGCUGUGUGUGAUCCUGGUGCUGUGUGUGGGAGUGCUCGCAUAUCGCCGUAGAUGCCGCCAUCUCCACGGAGACAUCACCGACUCUUCGUCUGCUCUCACCGCCGCCUUCCACCCGGGCAAUUACAAGCCUCCCAGACAGGAUAACCCCCACCAUCUGCAUCCCUCGGCUCCUCCUGAUCUCACGGCCACAGCGGGGGCUUUCCGCGGGCCGCUCUUUUCCCUGCAGCAGGGGGUCAACGACAGCCCCCACAAGAUCCCCAUGACCACCUCCCCGCUGCUCGACCCGCUGCCCAGUCUCAAAAUCAAGGUGUAUAACUCGUCCACUCUCUCCUCCCUGGAGCUCCCGGCGGACAUGUGCUCAGACGGGGAGAUUCUGAGCCUGAAGUCGGUGGGCACGGUGGGGAGAGAGCGCGACUACCACAGCCACACCCUGUCCAGAGAGCCCGGGCUGAGCACCAGCACCACCCUGGGUAAUCUGGGAGGACGCCUCACCAUCCCCAAUACAGGUGUGAGUCUGCUGGUCCCCCCUGGUACGAUCCCCCAGGGGAAGUUCUAUGAGAUGUACCUCAUCAUCAACAAGUGGGACAAAACGACGCUACCCUCUGAAGGCAGCCAGACUGUCCUAAGUCCAGUAGUAAGCUGCGGCCCAUCCGGUAUGCUGCUGAACCGUCCUGUGGUUCUUACUUUGCCCCAUUGUGCCCAGCUAGACACACCUACACCUGACUGGACCCUCACACUCAAGACACAGACGCACCAAGGAGCAUGGGAGGAGGUGCUGACAGUGGGAGAGGAGACUUUGUCGUCGCCCUGCUACUUGCAGCUGGAAGAGGAGUGUUGUCACGUUGUCAUGGAGCAGCUGGGAACGUACAGCCUGGUGGGCCAGUCCUGCCCUCCACAGCCCGCCUGCAAACGCCUGCAGUUGGCGCUGUUCGCUCCAAGAGCACCCUGCCUGUCCCUGGACUACAGCCUCCGUAUCUACUGCAUCCAUGACACUCCCCAUGCACUCAAGGAGGUGCUGGACUUGGAGAGGAGUCUGGGGGGAGUUCUGCUGGAGGAUCCCAAGCCGUUACUGUUCAAAGACAGCUACCACAACCUGCGCUUGUCCAUCCACGACAUCCCUCACAGUCACUGGAGAAGCAAGCUACUGGCAAAGUAUCAGGAGAUCCCGUUCUAUCACAUCUGGAGCGGCAGUCAGAGACCCCUGCACUGCACCUUCAGCCUGGAGAGAGGCAGCCUGGCGGUGUCGCAGCUCGCCUGCAAAAUCUGCGUCCGACAGGUGGAAGGAGAGGGACAGAUAUUCCAGCUGCACACAGAUAUUCAGGAGACUCUACCGCCACACUCGCCCCUCCCCUCAGGAGGCAGCUGCCUGCCUUCCUCUCAAGUGGGACCCUAUGCCUUUCGCUUGCCUGACUCCAUCCGCCAGAAGAUCUGCGCCAGCUUGGAUGCGCCCAGUGCUCGAGGAUGUGACUGGAGACUACUGGCACGCAGUCUGGGCUUUGACAGGUACUUGAAUUACUUUGCAACAAAGCCCAGCCCCACAGGUGUUCUGCUGGACUUAUGGGAAGCUUGUCACCAGGCUGACGCAGACCUGGUAUCUCUGGCGACCGCGCUGGAAGAGAUGGGCAAAAGUGAGGUGCUAGUUGUCAUGACAACGGAUGGGGAUUGCUGAUUGGUCAAGGAAACGAGAGAGCAAGCAAGACAUUUUUUUUUUCUUUUUCUUUUUCUUUUUUCUUUUUAAUCCCACCGCCGUGAUGAAAUGAAUAUGCACACCCUGGCACAAACCACGAGCCCACAGAGCAUUUUGGUUCCUCUCACAUGUGCUGUAUUACCUCUGCCUCAUCUCCCGUCUUCAGCCUCUGUAGCUACACGCUCGCCCACUCCCGUGCGGGCCCGUCCCGCAAUAACUGCGAACCCGAUUCAGCUUGAAUCCUCCAAAGCAAUGUUGCAUCUGCGAGACGCGAAACCAAUUUGAGGGUACGAAGGCGUAAAAUGGCUGUUAAGUCAUCUGUCAUACGCCGUUGUUGACUGUCUUCUUCAAAGAUUGAGAAUGGUGUUAUUCUUGUAUAUAAAUAACAAAGCUUUGGGAGAAACAAUAAAGAUCCAAUAUAUUCGAGCCCAAACAAAACACACAAACGCUAACACGAGAUUACACGCGUUCCCCGGGCAGCAUGAAAGCGCAUGGUUUGACACCAUCUCACCUCAUGGCAGGGGCUUUUUGAUUUCUCCAUCGUCACCCUGCGUGUGCAGCGAAUGACGGGCAGCGCCGACCUGUCUGCAACCUCCUCAGGCUACAGACAAACUGGUCAUUAACCACCUCCGAAUCAGACAGGCCAGGAUUUCUUGUCCGUCUGCUCCGACUCUAAAUCAGGAGCCCAGCCUCUCGAGGUUCGAGGGUUCAAGCACGUCUCUCUGGGCUGAAAAUAAAAAGCUGCCUCUUCUUCUUUUGUGGUGGUGGUGGUGGGGGGGGGGGAUUGUUAAGUUUGUUUAAGAAUUGGCAGAUAACUAAACGUACUGACUCUUUAUAUUGUACCAACAAAUGCCUCAAAGCCUUGGCAUAUCAUUCCGACUCACAGGGGUGUUUCUCUUUCAUCUCUCUUCGCAUUCCUCUAUCGCUCUGCCACACUCCUCCGAUCUGCUGAGAAUAAACUGCAGGAGAGCUUUUCUGGUCAUCCCUUAAAAGUUUCCUUUGGGGAACGCUCUUUAAGUUAUUAUCCAUAUUUGUGGAUUUUUUUUUUCUUCAUUGCUGUUACACGCAUAUAGAAGCUGUUCUGUCAACUGUGCUUGUUCAGGCUACUGAGAUGCUGUAUUUUUGAUUCUUGGCAGAGUUAGAGCGCACAGUGGAUGUCUCAGUUGUGAGUAACAGAAACCAUGUUCAUCUGUUAUUUUUAAUUCAAAUUGUAAAAAUGUGAUGCGUGAAACAUGACUAGCAGUUGGUCACAUGUCCAGGUGAAUACACCGGAGGCGCUCUGCUUUGCCAGAACUGUUUGGAGAUGAAGAUUUCAAAAGUGGUUUGAAUCAGCUCUGCAGCAAAGGACCAGCAGAUUUACCUCAACAAAAACGGCAUUAUGUUUCGAUCCAUCCUAUACGUGUUCAUCAGACGCCCCGUAACUCAUCAUGUCUCCCCUGGUUCAUUUUUAUAACAUAUUGUUAACCUUUUUACUAAGCUGCCUGCUUUGUGGUCAGGGUCCUCGAGCUAUUUGCAUUAUCAAUAUUGUUCUGUCAGCUCUUGUCCGACGGGAAUCGAAAUGCUGUUUUCACGACUUAAGUUCCGUGUGUUAUCAAGUCUGUUUGUCUCCUCAAAGCAAAAAAGAAAAAAGUGUUCAUAUCUUUGAAACCACAAAAACCAAAACACAGGCAGUAUCCCUCCUCUUCAGCAGUGAGUCAUGUCACUGUUUUGUGUGAAUGAACUGAAACUCAAGUGUGUGUGUGUGUGUGUGUGUGUGUGUGUGUGUGUGUGUGUGUGUGUGUGUGUGUUGAGUGGGUAUAUUUGGGCAGGUGGGUGUGCGCAUUCAGUGCGUGCACAUGCUUAAGAUCUGUCAUUUCUCUUUGUAAGUGCUAUGCAAGUACAAAAGAAAAGCAAAGCAUUUUGACUUCUUUUGUUUCCUGGAAGAGUAAUUCUAUUUUUUCAGAUCAGGGCAUCGACAGGGUUUUGAUUUUGUAUCUUAAAGUGGUUUUAAGGGUGGUUUAGCUUUUCUUUUUUCAUGAUGCUGUUCUCCUGGAUCAGAAGAAUUGGAUCACCAACCAAGGAAGCUAACGCUGAAAAAGCACAUUAGGGAGAACACAACAAAGUGCUUUGCAAUGGCUACAAAACAAGUUGUGACUGACAUCAUGAACUCGUGCCCUGCAGGUCUUUGCCCGCAAGGAAAUAUCUGAACACAAAGGUUCAGAACUUUGGAUCCCUGAACACUGCAGGACUAUUUUCUUUGCUCAAAUGUUGUCACAGAGACUGGCUAGCUGUAGGCUACAGUGUUUGUUCGUCCAGAUUAUCUUGAGUACCUGUUGGAUCAUUUAUGCUGGAGCUGGACUGGACUCCGCCUCGCUCCCACAAAGAGAAGAUUUUAGCCUUUGUUCAAAAAGACGGACAUUUUUACAAAAAAAAAAAAAAAGCUAAAUGGAUUCAGUGACAUUAUUUUAUCUCUGUAAAGAACCAAUUGUAAAUAAACGUCUAGCCUUCUUACCUGUAACUAAAUAUAAUUUUUAUGCAAUAAAUUAUAUUUCUUAGUUUAACAACA